CACCCCAAAAUUAAUCUACAAAAAUUAGAAGUUACACCUUACAAAACACAAACAAGUACUUCACAAUGGCUUUCCACUUCCCAAGACUUUGCUUCUUCUCAGCUCUUCUCGUGGUGGUUCUUCAUCUCCUUCAUGGUGUCUCCGGCCAACUAGUUGUGGUUAAUGAACCUAUUUCUGCUCCUCCGCCUCCAUUGGUCGACCUAAACAACGGUGAUGGCAUUGUGCCGGCGCUGUUUGUCUUCGGUGACUCACUGAUAGACAAUGGGAAUAACAAUAACAUUCCUUCCUUUGCCAAAGCCAAUUAUUUCCCUUAUGGUAUAGAUUUCAAUGGCGGUCCGACCGGUCGGUUCUGCAAUGGUUUAACCAUGGUCGAUGGGAUUGCUCAACUAUUGGGGCUGCCACUGAUUCCGGCGUACUCGGAAGCUACCGGAGAUCAAGUACUACGUGGUGUCAACUAUGCUUCCGCAGCCGCCGGGAUUCUUCCUGACACCGGAGGAAACUUUGUGGGACGCAUACCUUUCGACGAACAGAUUCAUAACUUCGAGACAACGUUAGAUCAGGUGGCUAGCAAGUCCGGUGGUGCAGUCGCCAUAGCAGAUUCGGUGACUCGAAGCUUGUUCUUCAUCGGAAUGGGAAGCAACGACUAUCUCAACAAUUACUUGAUGCCCAAUUUCCCAACCCGUAACCAAUACAACUCCCAACAAUUCGGCGAUCUCUUGGUUCAACAUUACACCAAUCAGCUCACCAGACUGUAUAAUCUCGGUGGUCGGAAAUUUGUGGUGGCCGGACUUGGAAGAAUGGGAUGCAUUCCUAGUAUUUUAGCUCAAGGAAACGACGGUAAAUGCUCUGAAGAAGUGAACCAACUUGUUCUUCCUUUCAACACAAACGUAAAAACAAUGAUCUCUAAUCUCAACCAGAAUCUCCCGGAUGCUAAAUUUAUUUACCUCGACAUCGCUCAUAUGUUCGAAGACAUCGUUGCUAACCAAGCAGCUAAUGGGCUUACUACUAUGGACAAAGGAUGUUGCGGGAUAGGAAAGAACAGAGGACAGAUCACUUGUCUUCCCUUUGAAACGCCUUGUCCUAACAGAGACCAGUAUGUGUUUUGGGACGCGUUUCAUCCUACCGAAAAAGUUAAUCUCAUAAUGGCAAAGAAAGCGUUUGCUGGUGACCGCACUGUCGCGUAUCCGAUCAACAUUCAGGAAUUGGCUAGUCUCACUUAACGAUUGUGAAGACUAUCAACAAGAAAUUAAAAACUUAGGUGUUGUCUUUGUAAGAUUUUGAGUCAAAUCUGUUUUCCUUUUGAGACGUUUUGAAAACGUCUACUGUGUCACCAAACGGUCUAAAAUCAAUCUACUCGUCGUUU